AUGGAGAGGAUGGCAUGUGAACGUGUGAGCACGUGUUCAAUGAAGGAGAACGUACCAUUAAGAUGUGCGUAUGAAGCGCGGUUUAACCGGUGUGGCGAUUCACCGCUGUAUGCGGUCUAUGGCAGGAAAUGCACUCACCGAAAACAUUGUGCCUGCAUGAGGGCACAGGCAUGCGGCUGCAUGUUUAACGCAGCGUUCCCUGCAUGUGAUGUGCACCUUUUCAUGCGCAACUCGCAUUUCUUGGAAGGAGCCCGGCAACACCGAAACGGUGUGCACUGUCUUUUAAUACCGUUUGUAGGGAAUUUUUGUACGUGGUGGUGCGGAUCGGGUGAAUGUGCCUGUGGCACCCUUCAUUAA